AUGACUAUUGACGGAAACCAUAGCAGUAAUGACGAAGUAGAGGAUGAGAAUCUCAAUACGGGCUCAGAUAAGGUCUUCCAAAAUUAUAUGAUGCCCGGUUUGGAACUUUAUGAUGCCAAGGUGUCGAUAAAUCAUUGGCAACUCCGAGACUGUAUAAAGCAUUCUUCAACGGAUCCCGGGAAGUUAUACUAUAUUUAUGAUCAUCAAAUUAGGUCUCUGGACACCGGGCAAGCCAGCCAAAGUAAUACCAGAUCCAAGAAGCUGAACAGUUCAAAGAUAAGACGGAAUAGCUUCAAUGUGGCGAGAAAAAAUUCAUCAGGCUUAACUUCUGUAAAGGGGAACUUGAAUUUGCCCUCUAAGAAAACAGUUGAAUUCAACUUUAAGCCAAGGAGUUUCACCGAAUGUAAUGGCUUAGUAGCAUGUGGUGGUUUAAUUGGUCCUGAUGAUAAGGGAUUCCCAACAAAUUGGUCGCGGCUUUCAAACGAUACGAAUGAUGGUGAACCAUUACCACCUCCUGCCGAACCUGUUAAAUUAACGAAUAAUAACGUGUUAUCAGAUCAUAGUAACUACAGUAACCCAAGUAUAUGGAAGGGCAUUAUAUCGCUUUGUCACAAGGAUACUGGAAUCCCUUCAUCCGUUAUUGUAGGCCAAUUUAUUAAUAAUUGCGUUACAUUAAGUUCAAGAACAAAUCAAGAAUAUGAUUUGUAUUCUUGUAACAACGACGGCCAUCUUUAUCAAUGUAGCAUUAACAAUCGUGGUGUGGAAUUAGUUCGAAGAUAUUCAGAUUUAAAAUUUGCUUUGAAUAAUGCCGCAAUCUCACAUGAUUCAAAAACAUUAAUAGUGUCGGGAGAUUCCAAUAAAUUUGCCAUAUAUAGACAAAAUGAACUGGCAGGUCAGUUUCUGCUAUCGUAUGAUAAUCAACCGGAUUGGGGUAGUUCAGUUGUUAGAUCAAAAAGAAUUCCAAGAUUUGCAUUACCUGAUGGUUCCGGAUUUGUGGAUCAUAUUUAUGAAGCACCGAAUGGCGACCAUGGCUUUUACAGCUGCUUUUCUGAGAAUGAUUUACAAUUUGCAACACUUUUUCAAAAUGGUGUCUGCUUAGUAUAUGAUGUGAGAAAUAUGGAAACUCCGCUAACUGAAAUUACUUCAACAAGGCCGCAUUCACAUAAUGGCGCAUUUAGAGUUUGUAAGUUCAGUUAUGGAUUAGAUGAUUUACUUUUUAUAUCAGAACAUCAAGGAAGAGUUCAUGUGGUCGAUACAAGGAAUUUUAUGAAUCAUCAAGUAAUAUUAGUACCAGAUAAAUUGAAAAGUGAAACAGAAGAACUCAUUACCACAAAUAUGAAUGAUAUGAGUAAUAACAGUACUGAUACAAGAAGACGGAAUAUUCCGUUCAUAUCAGCUGUAUCUCGAGUUUCUUCUUCUUCUUCAGUAUCAAGUUAUGCUAUCGGUAGUAGAAGAAGACAUUCUAAUCCAACUCCACCUCCAUCCCUCAAUAAUGAGCCUUGGCUAACUUCUGCUACAAGUAUACCAUUAAGAUAUCUUGAACCACAAGUUGUACCAUAUCCAAAAGCUGUGAAUAAAUUAACUAAUAAUACCGCAAGUUUUCAGCAGCAUUUGAAUGAUGAUCAAAAUGAGGAUACCUCUUUAUCAACUACUGUACUUAGAAGACGAUCAUCAUAUAGAGUGAGAAGGUUUUCAACAUCAUCUAAUAUGUGUGAAGAUACAGGAGAAAUGGAUCCUGCUAUCUUGGAUAGUCCAAAUUCAGAGCAUAGCUAUCCAAGAGUUGACAAUUAUAAUUAUCAAGAGCAACGUACCGGAAUAUUUGUUCGAGAUGCUCGAAUAAGAACACCAUCAAAUGCAACUUUCGAAGAAGAUGAAUUACUCGAUGCUCAUGUCAAUGUUAAUAGCGGAUCUCCUGGGCAAUUGAACAAUAGAUUAUAUUUCUCUUCGAAUGACUAUGCAGUCAAUUCACUUGCCAACUAUUCCAAUGCAGAUUUUACGGAAGAGAAUAAUAUUUCCGGCAUAGAUUGGAUUGAAGAUCGUUGUGGAAGUUCUUUAGUUAUCGGUACGGACUAUGGAAUAAUGAAAUGGAAUAUAAACUCGUGGGCACGGCGCAGUUUUUCGAGUUAUGAUUUUUGUUAA